AGUAUCUAGAUCACUUCCGGUUGGUACUCCACGGCCACGAGUCGCGAUUGGUCGCCUGUAGACGGGACCUUUCCGGUGUCCAGGUGCGGGUUCUUUGGCUGAAAGAAGAAAAUGGAGCCGUGCACGGCGGCCCGUGCUUGGUCUCUCUUAUGGCUGCUGCUACCCUUGCUUGGCUCGGUCUGCGCCAGCGGCCCCCGAACUCUGGUGUUGCUGGAUAACCUCAACUUGCGGGAGACGCACUCGCUUUUCUUCCGGAGCCUGAAAGAUCGGGGCUUUGAACUCACAUUCAAGACCGCCGAUGACCCCAGCCUGUCCCUCAUCAAGUACGGGGAGUUCCUCUAUGAUAAUCUCAUCAUCUUCUCCCCCUCGGUAGAAGAUUUUGGAGGCAACAUCAAUGUGGAGACCAUCAGUGCAUUUAUCGACGGGGGAGGCAGUGUCCUGGUAGCUGCCAGUUCAGACAUAGGUGACCCUCUCCGAGAGCUGGGCAGUGAGUGUGGGAUUGAGUUUGAUGAGGAGAAAACAGCUGUCAUCGACCAUCACAACUAUGAUGUCUCAGACCUCGGCCAGCACACGCUCAUCGUGGCUGACACUGAGAACCUGCUGAAGGCCCCAACCAUUGUUGGGAAAUCAUCUCUAAAUCCCAUCCUCUUUCGAGGAGUUGGGAUGGUGGCGGAUCCUGACAAUCCUUUGGUCCUGGACAUCCUGACAGGCUCGUCUACCUCUUACUCCUUCUUCCCAGAUAAACCCAUUACCCAGUACCCCCACGCGGUGGGGAAGAACACCCUGCUGAUUGCCGGGCUUCAGGCCAGGAACAACGCCCGGGUYGUCUUCAGCGGCUCCCUCGACUUCUUCAGCGAUGCCUUCUUCAACUCGGCAGUGCAGAAGGCCACGCCUGGUGCCCAGAGGUACUCCCAGACAGGCAACUAUGAGCUAGCUGUGGCCCUGUCCCGCUGGGUGUUCAAGGAGGAGGGUGUUCUCCGCGUAGGACCUGUGUCCCAUCAUCGGGUGGGCGAGACAGCCCCACCCAAUGCCUACACAGUCACUGAUUUAGUGGAGUACAGCAUCGUGAUUGAGCAGCUCUCCAAUGGCAGGUGGGUCCCUUUUGAUGGUGACGACAUUCAGCUGGAGUUUGUUCGCAUAGAUCCUUUCGUGAGGACCUUCUUGAAGAGGAAAGGUGGCAAAUACAGCGUCCAGUUUAAGUUGCCCGACGUGUACGGUGUGUUCCAGUUUAAAGUGGAUUACAACCGACUGGGCUACACCCAUCUGUACUCUUCCACUCAGGUGUCAGUGAGGCCACUCCAGCACACGCAGUAUGAGCGCUUCAUCCCCUCGGCCUAUCCCUACUAUGCCAGUGCCUUCUCCAUGAUGGCGGGGCUCUUCAUCUUCAGCAUCGUCUUCUUACACAUGAAGGAGAAGGAGAAGUCUGACUGAGGGGCCAGAGCCCGGGACUCUGCAGCGGAGAGCGGAGGGUUUUUACCAGGGCGAGUUGGUGAUCUCGUUUUGUCUGUUUUGUUCUGAAGCCGUGGGAAACGGCACAGCCUUACCUCAGUCGGGGGGUGCAGCGUUGAGUACCAGGGGGAGGGGCCAGAGAAUCAUUUUUUAUGCAUUUUUUCCACCUUGAAUUGUGGUGUUUUUCAUAUGUGCAGUCACUCCCAUUUCUAAAAUAAAGAGAACUGUUGCCCCCACACUUUCCCUGCCCGAGCCUGCUUUGCUCUCACGCAUCCCUAGAUGCCCACUAAUAAGUGGCUCCUUUUAGUUUUGCCAAGACUCAACUAGGAAAUGAUCCUAACUUCUCCUCAAAGGGUAAAAUAAAGUUAAUACAGAUGCUGGACUAAAAAAAAAUUAGUACCUUGGUUGAAAAGAACCUUAAAUAUAUAUUCACCUCGCUGAAGGCUAUAACUUUAAAAGCAUGUGUCUAAGCAGAUGCAGCAGCACACAUCCGUAAUUGCAGUGACUCAGGAGGUUGAGGCAGGAGGCUCCCCAGCUCAGUGGUAGCAUGCCCCGGGGUCAGUCCCUAGUACCACACACAAAAAGCGUGUGCAGUUAAAUGUGGAAUCUCUUCCCCAAUGUUGUGUGUCCACAAAAUUUUCCCAUCAGGGUGUAAGACUCAUUCAGAAAGCGAAAUAUUGAGUUCAGCACGUACAUACUCUGCAUUGUAAAUUUGUAUUUAAUAUCUCAGAAAUGCUAGUCAAAAGGGAAAUCAACAAGUUUAAGAUGCCACACUGUUAAUUUCCAUUUCAUCAGUGAUCUUGGCAAUGUUAGAUUAACUCAGGAGCUAGAGGAACACGGGAAAGGCUUUCUCUGUGCACUCCAGAGCUGGUCCAGAAGGGGCACCUCACUUUCAUGUUUUUUGUGCUGACCCCUGAAUAUAUACUGACCAUGCAGAUGUCUGCCUCAGCCCAGGUGGAACAUACCAACUGGUGCCAGGCCCCCCUCCAGAAGAACCACAGUCCAUCCUCAGCACUAAGGGCAAAUGUCACAAAUUCUGCCACCCCCGCCACUGCCUUGGCCUGGAUCCUCCAUGCUGCCGAGCACAGGUCUGAUCUCCCUCAGCCCAGAAUCCUCCUACAGACCCGCUGGGCCAUCACUUUGAGAGGUCUGUGAGGCCAGAAAAGGGCCUUAAGGUUGGACUUCUUGGUGAAUAACGACAGAGUAUGAUUUCCCACCUGGGUGACACUGCAGUCCCUUGGAUUCAUGCAGGGAAUCUCACAUCGUCUAUCAAAGAUACAGAGGGACCUCGCUGUCGGGGCAGCAUGCUUUGUAGAGUGAGCCCUGUGAGUUCACCAGACCAGGCCUGGCAACUGGCCUGUGGGCCAAUCUG